AUGGUUGGCAUUUGCCGCCAAAGGUCACGUAACUUUAAGGAUCCCCCCCGCGAAAAAGUAUCCACGUGCAAGAGUCGACCUGCGGGCAUCGAGUCGGGAAGACGCGUUUUCCGUCUCUCCCUCUUCGCCAUACUCUUCAAACACCUACACUACGCAACAAGCAAUCGUCACGAACCCUCAGUAUCAAACAGACCUCACCUCCUGUCCAAAGCAACAAGCAUUCAUCGCGAACCCUCAAUAUCAAACAGACCUCACCUCCUGUCCACACCAACAAGCAAUCGUCACGAACCCUCAGUAUCAAACAGAACUCAUCUCCUGCCCAAAGCAACAAGCAAUCGUCACGAACCCUCAGUAUCAAACAGACCUCACCUCCUGUCCAACAAGCAAUCGUCACGAACCCAAGUAUCAAACAGACCUCAUCUCCUGCCCAAAGCAACAAGCAAUCGUCACGAACCCUCAAAUCAAACAGACCUCAUCUCCUGUCCAAAGCAACAAGCAAUCGUCACGAACCUUCAGUAUCAAACAGACCUCACCUCCUGUCCAAAGCAACAAGCAAUCGUCACGAGCACUCAAUAUCAAACAGACCUCACCUCCUGUCCACACCAACAAGCAAUCGUCACGAAUCCUCAGUAUCAAACAGACCUCAUCUCCUGCCCAAAACAACAAGCAAUCGUCACGAGCACUCAAUAUCAAACAGACCUCACCUCCUGUCCAAAGCAACAAGCAAUCGUCACGAACCCUCAGUAUCAAACAGACCUCACCUCCUGUCCAAAGCAACAAGCAAUCGUCACGAGCACUCAAUAUCAAACAGACCUCACCUCCUGUCCACACCAACAAGCAAUCGUCACGAAUCCUCAGUAUCAAACAGACCUCAUCUCCUGCCCAAAGCAACAAGCAAUCGUCACGAGCACUCAAUAUCAAACAGACCUCACCUCCUGUCCAAAGCAACAAGCAAUCGUCACUAACCCUCAGUAUCAAACAGACCUCACCUCCUGUCCAAAGCAACAAGCAAUCGUCACGAACCCUCAGUAUCAAACAGACCUCACCUCCUGUCCAAAGCAACAAGCAAUCGUCACGAACCCUCAGUAUCAAACAGACCUCACCUCCUGUCCAAAGCAACAAGCAAUCGUCACGAACCCUCAGUAUCAAACAGACCUCACCUCCUGUCCAAAGCAACAAGCAUUCAUCGCGAACCCUCAGUAUCAAACAGACCUCACCUCCUGUCCAAAUCAACAAGCAUUCAUCGCGAACCCUCAGUAUCAAACAGACCUAACCUCCUGUCCAAAGCAACAAGCAUUCAUCACGAACCCUCAGUAUCAAACAGACCUCACCUCCUGUCCAAAGCAACAAGCAUUCAUCACGAACCCUCAGUAUCAAACAGACCUCACCUCCUGUCCAAAGCAACAAGCAUUCAUCGCGAACCCUCAGUAUCAAACAGACCUCACCUCCUGUCCAAAGCAACAAGCAUUCAUCAAACGAACCCUCAGUAUCAAACAGACCUCACCUCCUGUCCAAAGCAACAAGCAAUCGUCACGAACCGUCAGUAUCAAACAGACCUCACCUCUGUCCAAAUCAACAAGCAUUCAUCGCGAACCCUCAACCUCACCUCCUGUCCAAAUCAACAAGCAUUCAUCGCGAACCCUCAGUAUCAAACAGACCUCACCUCCUGUCCAAAUCAACAAGCAUUCAUCGCGAACCCUCAGUAUCAAACAGACCUCACCUCCUGUCCAAAGCAACAAGCAUUCAUCACGAACCCUCAGUAUCAAACAGACCUCACCUCCUGUCCAAAUCAACAAGCAUUCAUCGCGAACCCUCAGUAUCAAACAGAACACCUCCUGUCCAAAGCAACAAGCAUUCAUCGCGAACCCUCAGUAUCAAACAGACCUCACCUCCUGUCCAAAGCAACAAGCAUUCAUCGCGAACCCUCAGUAUCAAACAGACCUCACCUCCUGUCCAAAUCAACAAGCAUUCAUCGCGAACCCUCAGUAUCAAACAGACCUCACCUCCUGUCCAAAGCAACAAGCAUUCAUCGCGAACCCUCAGUAUCAAACAGACCUCACCUCCUGUCCAAAGCAACAAGCAUUCAUCGCGAACCCUCAGUAUCAAACAGACCUCACCUCCUGUCCAAAGCAACAAGCAUUCAUCGCGAACCCUCAGUAUCAAACAGACCUAACCUCCUGUCCAAAGCAACAAGCAUUCAUCGCGAACCCUCAGUAUCAAACAGACCUCACCUCCUGUCCAAAGCAACAAGCAUUCAUCGCGAACCCUCAGUAUCAAACAGACCUCACCUCCUGUCCAAAGCAACAAGCAUUCAUCGCGAACCCUCAGUAUCAAACAGACCCUAACCUCCUGUCCAAAGCAACAAAUUCAGAACCCUCAGUAUCAAACAGACCUAACCUCCUGUCCAAAGCAACAAGCAUUCAUCGCGAACCCUCAGUAUCAAACAGACCUCACCUCCUGUCCAAAGCAACAAGCAUUCAUCGCGAACCCUCAGUAUCAAACAGACCUCACCUCCUGUCCAAAUCAACAAGCAUUCAUCGCAAACCCUCAGUAUCAAACAGACCUCACCUCCUGUCCAAAGCAACAAGCAUUCAUCGCGAACCCUCAGUAUCAAACAGACCUCACCUCCUGUCCAAAGCAACAAGCAUUCAUCGCGAACCCUCAGUAUCAAACAGACCUAACCUCCUGUUCAAAGCAACAAGCAUUCAUCGCGAACCCUCAGUAUCAAACAGACCUCACCUCCUGUCCAAAGCAACAAGCAUUCAUCGCGAACCCUCAGUAUCAAACAGACCUCACCUCCUGUCCAAAGCAACAAGCAUUCAUCGCGAACCCUCAGUAUCAAACAGACCUCACCUCCUGUCCAAAGCAACAAGCAUUCAUCGCGAACCCUCAGUAUCAAACAGACCUCACCUCCUGUCCAAAGCAACAAGCAUUCAUCGCGAACCCUCAGUAUCAAACAGAACUCACCUCCUGUCCAAAGCAACAAGCAUUCAUCGCGAACCCUCAGUAUCAAACAGACCUAACCUCCUGUCCAAAGCAACAAGUAUUCAUCGCGAACCCUCAGUAUCAAACAGACCUCACCUCCUGUCCAAAUCAACAAGCAUUCAUCGCGAACCCUCAGUAUCAAACAGACCUCACCUCCUGUCCAAAUCAACAAGCAUUCAUCGCGAACCCUCAGUAUCAAACAGACCUCACCUCCUGUCCAAAGCAACAAGCAUUCAUCGCGAACCCUCAGUAUCAAACAGACCUCACCUCCUGUCCAAAGCAACAAGCAUUCAUCGCGAACCCUCAGUAUCAAACAGACCUAACCUCCUGUCCAAAGCAACAAGCAAUCGUCACGAACCCUCAGUAUCAAACAGACCUCACCACCUGCCCAAAGCAACAAGCAAUCGUCACGAACACUCGGUAUCAAACAGACCUCACCACCUGCCCAAGCAACAAGCAAUCGUCACGAACUCUCAGUAUCAAACAGACCUCACCUCCUGCCCAAGCAACAAGCAAUCGUCACGAACCCUCAGUAUCAAACAGACCUCACCUCCUGUCCAAAGCAACAAGCAAUCGUCACGAACCCUCAGUAUCAAACAGACCUCACCUCCUGUCCAAAGCAACAAGCAUUCAUCGCGAACCCUCAGUAUCAAACAGACCUCACCUCCUGUCCAAAUCAACAAGCAUUCAUCGCGAACCCUCAGUAUCAAACAGACCUCACCUCCUGUCCAAAGCAACAAGCAUUCAUCGCGAACCCUCAGUAUCAAACAGACCUCACCUCCUGUCCAAAUCAACAAGCAUUCAUCGCGAACCCUCAGUAUCAAACAGACCUCACCUCCUGUCCAAAUCAACAAGCAUUCAUCGCGAACCCUCAGUAUCAAACCCUCACCUCCUGUCCAAAUCAAAAGCAUUCAUCCGAACCCUCAGUAUCAAACAGAUCUCACCUCCUGUCCAAAUCAACAAGCAUUCUUUGCGAACCCUCAGUAUCAAACAGACCUCACCUCUUGUCCAAAGCAACAAGCAUUCAUCGUGAACCCUCAGUAUCAAACAGACCUCACCUCCUGUCCAAAGCAACAAGCAUUCAUCGCGAACCCUCAGUAUCAAACAGACCUCACCUCCUGUCCAAAGCAACAAGUAAGUCAGGAACCUACGAGUCUUAACACGUGGCAUUUGUAUCUUCUGGAUCUUUCCCUUUGGUCUAUACUUCAUUCUAUGUGA